AUGUACGGCUCGUACGGAUCAUAUAGCUCCAUGAGCUCAGUAACACAACCGCUCGACAUCGGCUCCAGUAGCUACCUCUCGAGCCCGUCCGCCUACCACCAGUCGAGCUGCGCAUUCCCCUCGUGGCAAAGGCCCGAGCGCGCCUCUUCUUACCUGUCCGAUGACGAUCUGUUGGACCUCGACGACGACUCGCGCAGCUUCACCUCGGGAGGUUCGCACAGCAGCGCCAGCAGCAACGCCUCGGGAUCGCCCUACACCACCGUCGCUGACGAGGACUUUCUGCACAUGCAACGCGAGCAACAAGCCGCCAUGAACCGCGAGGCCAUCCGUCUCGUCGUCGCUGAGAAGGAGCGCCGCAAGCAACAGGCACAGAUGGCCAAGCGAGCUCGCCGUGGCAGCGGUGGCUCGGCCAAGAAGAGCCCAAAGGCCAAGAGUGGCGCCAUGGCACCCAUCGACGAAGCUGUCGAGUGA